UGGUGAGUGUGGAGGAGGCCACGCUGCGCUCCCGUCCGACUUGCGUGUCGUUGUGUUUGUGAUGGUAAAAGAAAGAAUACAGUGUAGGAACAUUAAGUGGCUAGAAAGUUGAAGCGUCGGUGGCGGGCCACAGGAAAAGGCCCACUUAUCGAUUCUUAACACAUGUGACCUUGACAGCUGGCGAUAUUAUUGCUUUGCACAACGAAUUUCUUGUCUUAGUGCAAACUGUGAUAUUUGUGUCGGCCGAAGGGAAGGGGUGAAUGCCUUCCCGUCGUAAGAGCAAAGAACAAAUUACCUUCCUGUUCUGGCUGUUCAGGUGAACAAAGCACGAAUUAGAUAUCCUCGACUCUUUCUUGGAAAAAGUAAUACAGACAGUUACAUCAUGGUUUCAAGAAAAUAAAAAACGUCGUUACGUAAGUUGUGGCGAAGACGUCCCCAAGGCAGUCACCAGGCUCCUUACCGCCGAGGUAGACUCGAGUGUGUGAUUUUUCCUGGAGCGCAAGACACAAAAUAGAACUUUUUCUUUAAGCCGAAGUUAUUCUUGUGCGAGUGGCAUCGCUGGCGUGAGGCGCGGAUCAUGCCUGCGGGGGAGGUCUGAUAAAUUCAUGCCUUUGCCCAAGUCCGGGGAGCAGCGCCAUUCGCAGUCGAGGAGCGGCAGCGCGUCGGAGGUGCACUUGCUCACCGGCUCGAGGACGAGCGUGUCGCCCAGCCCGCGUACCGAGCGUGAGGAUGAGUGCGCGCGAGCCGCCGCGGCCCAGCUCCCUCCCGCGCCCCGCAGCGACGCCGUGAUGCCGUAGGACGAGCCAUAGUCGGUGCAAGAACAUUUCGAGGGCCACAAAGCGGGCACAAUAUCCUUGGUGGUGAAGUACCGCCCUGCCACCAUGAGUCACGGAGAGUCGUGCGCGGGUGUGGUGGGAGCGGGCGUGGGCGUGGGCGGCCACAAGAAGCUGCGGCGGAAGAGGAAGGAGCUGGACGCGCUGGUGCCCGAGGACAAGGUGCGCCGCAAGUCGUCCUCGGCCUCGCACCACGACCUCCUGCGGUCCGACUCCGAGGACCCUGAGGCCGACUACGCCAGCGUGGGCGUCGUUAGCAAGAGGGUGAUGGGCGGCGUGGGGCCAGGCACGGGCAUAUGGGCGUGCCUGCCUGGAGCCUGUACACUGCUCCUGCUUCUCACUACACUCGUGGGCGUGGCCGCCGCCCUCAGGUUGCUAAUGCUCACUCGCCGGGACCUGGACUCGCUGCACACCAGGAUCAACUCAGUGGAGGCGAGCAGCUCGGAGCUCCCGGCCAAGUUCCACGAGUCGCACGUGCGACUGCAGGAGCUCGAGAAGAACCAAAGCGCCCUGUGGGCGCACGUCAACGAUGUCUCGUCGUCCCUCGCGGCGGCCAACAAGAGGGUGGAACAGCUGGAAAUAGACGUGAAAACGAUAAAGGACUCCCUGAGCAGUGCCCCACAGCUCUCGUCCCUCCCGAAGGACGUUGCCAAUUUGCAGGGCUCCGUGGCAACAUUUGGUUCCACCCUUCAGGAUGUCCAGUCGUCCCUGAAGGUGGUCAAACAGGACCAGGAUAAGCUGUCAGAGGAUAUGAAGGCAGCCAGUGCCUCCAUUGAUAGUGUCAAGAAGGAGAUAUCAGUGUUGCACAAUCAGACAGUGAUGGACGGUGGAAGAGAAAGUGGCUUUGGGGGCUCUGAGACAGUGGGGGAGGCAGUGGUGAACUUGAAGCAGCAUGUAAAUUCUCUGACCUCAGCCGUGGGAGCAGUCAAUGCAUCGUUACACUCCCACAUAGAUGAAGCCUCCACAUCCCUGCACAAGCUCGAGAAUAUUGGAGUGUCUGCAGCAGAUUUGAAUAAUGUAACACAGAGGAUGACAACAAUGGAGGCUUGGCGUGAAACCAUAGACUCAAGCUUGACACCACAGGUCACAAACCUUAGUUUAACGACAUCUCAACUCCAGGCCAGCAGUGACCAUCACUCCCAAAUACUACAGAAUGUCACUCAGAGCGUGGAAGUUGUAAAGGGCGUUGAGAGAAAGCUGGAGGGCAGUCAGGUACAGCUUGCAAGUGGAGUCAGUGACCUCAAGCAGCAGAUACAGAAGGUGGAUCAAAAAGUGAACAAUCUGUUAGAACAGUCCAGCACUCCUGCUCCACAGGCAAACAACGAAACACAUUCUCGUAAGCAGAGAUUAACACAAGCAGAUUCAGGAACUUUAAGAGAUAAAAGAGGACCUUGAUAUGUGAAGGAGGAGUCUGCAGCAUUGCUACGAACAUUAUGUGCCAAUAAUGCUCUGUUUGCAUCCAAAGAAGUUUAACAUCACAAGACAUUAGCAGUUUGAAGCUUUGUAUUCCAUCCUGCUGUAGUAAGCUAGCUAGUGCAGAUUGUAGGGUCUUCUCAUAGAGUCACUUUCCAAACUUUGUAAUAUGUUUGUGAAAAAGCCAGUAUAUGUUUUAAUCUUUUUAUGAAUUUGAAUUUAAAAGUUUGUUAUGUUUUUGCUUUUAUCACUAGAAUGUUUUAUGAUUAUAAGGAUUCCAUUGGUAGACACAUUAGCAUUAAGUAGCCUCACACAAUUAAUGACAGCUGAUAAUUUUAUUGCAUGACAAUGUAUUGAUUAGCUUUCUUUUUAGCCAGGAAAUAGAAAUACUCCCAGUACUAUAUGUGUAAAUAUUGCAUCAACCAUGACCAUCCAACUUCAUUGUAAACAUUUUUUUAUGAAGCAAUAUAAAUUUUUGAUACAGUACAUACAAAAAAAUAUCUUGUUACAGACCUUUUUUUCCAUGGGAUAUUUCAGCAAUUUACCACAUAUUCAUAUUUCUAUGGUGAUGGGAGGUUUUCUGCAGUUUUGGCAGUGGAGCUAAAGAGAAAUUGCCAGAGUUGGUAAUAGAGAACCACUUUCUCAAGUAGAUUAUUCUGUCAAGCAUAAUCUAGAAUUGCAACCAUUGGUGAGCACAGUAUCUCAGCUCAGUCAGACCACUUUGUAAUAAGGAAGGAAAUCUUAUUUGCAUAAUUUUUUGUAGCAAUGUGUUGCGUUUGAGAGAUGUCUAGUGCUGAAAUCUCGUGUAGAGACCAGUGUGUAGGACUUUUUAUUAUGGCUGAAUAUUUUCUACAUGGUUGUGUAAUGUUAUUCAGAUUGUGAUGCUCUAUACUCUUGCUAGUUUAAAGCAAAAAGACAUUCAUGUAUAUGUUAUACGGUUCUUUCAAAUGCUUCAGAAAUUAUUUGUGAAGUGUUGAACCACAUUUUUGCUCAUGCCAGUUAUAUGGACACAAAAAAGUCCCGUAGUAUUUAUUUAGAUAUAAAAGAGGGACCUUGUGGAAUUAGGUUAUAGUUCUUCCUGCUGCUUUAUUUCAUCUUGACAAUGAAUCAUCAAGUUAAUUUGGAAAGAUGAUGUUAAUUCAAGUGUUGAUAUUUUAUUUGUAUAAAAUCUAAUAUGUUUAGAGCAACAAAGCCUAAACCACUGCAUUGUAAAGAGAUAACACAGCAUUCCUAAAUUAUAAGUGACUUCACUUUGUUAUAUUGUAAUGGUCUGGAAGUACUACAGUCCAUUUGUUGCAGAUGAUAAAGACCCCUGAAGUGAUGCCCAGUGCAAAUAAUGAACUAAGAAGUACCAGUAUAAACCCUCAACAAAAGCUCUCGUUUCACUUUUUUUCUGAGUGACAGCUAAAAAGAUGAACAGCACACCAAAUCUUUGUGGUUUCUUGCUUUAUUGCCCUAAGGUCCCUGUUGUAAAAAGGAAAUAAUAAUAAUAAUUAUAACGAAUACAUAAAGAAAUACAUAACUAAAUAAAGUUUAUUAGGGGCCAGGUAUUUGUAACUGAGGCUCAAGCCACUUUUUAGUAAAUCAUAGAAGCCCCUGCAGAUGAUUCCUCCUUCAGUAGCCUCUUGAUUCUAGGUGAUCCCAUAUCUCAUCCAGACAAGCCAUCCAACUUGUGCUUAGCAGAUAUUAUCAUGUUAAAUGUUACCUAUUUUAGAGUUGUAGAUAUAAGUGUUGCAAAAACUAUCUAGCAAAAAAUACUUUACUAUUGUCAUUUCAUGGCAUCUAGAUUUAUACCUUAGGUAUGCUUUAUCAAUGUUUUCAGUGUUUCACAUUUCAUAGCAGUAGCCAAGCUUCAAAGAAAAAAAUAUAUAAUGAAGCUACAAUAAGCUUAGCUUAUGGCACAUGGAUGUGGAUUUUCCUCAAUUAUAUGAAGAGAGUAAUUGUUAGAAACGUUUGAACAGUUAUUGAUAAUAGCCCAGGUCUGCUACUCUGGCAUCGUUAAUUUCUGAACCAAAUUGCAUAAAUGAGGUAUGCUUUAUAUAGCUUUUUAUCUGUUACCCAUGUGCUGCUAUCUGUUAUUAGAAUUUAUUUUUAAAGUCUAGUCUCUGGCACUAAUGUAUGGUUGGUAGUCUUAAGGAGAACAAGUAGUUUCUUGUAGAAUCUUUAUGAAAAUUGAUUUGCUUUGUCCAUUUUUUCUUUUUGUACUGUUGAAUUAUAUGCAUUUCUUUGUAUUGUUUGUGUGGUAAGUUGAAGAACAAGGCAUUACAAGUCAUUUGUGGUGUUUUGCUGUCACAUGAAAUGCAUGUCUCACAGCCUUUCAUAUCACAAAUAAUGUAUUCUUUAUAUGAUGAAACAAACCACAUAUUCAGACUUUCUGGAGAUUAGUUUUCUAUACAAGCUGCUAUAUCUUUACCUGUGAUAGCUAAAGAAAA